AUGCUACUUUUGCCAUUCCCACAGAGAUUUCAAAAAGCAAAGUUAGAUAAACAAUUUGAAAAGUUUUUGGAGGUAUUGAAGUCUUUGCAUGUGACUAUUCCUUUCACUAAUGCCAUAGCACAAAUGCUUUCAUAUGCCAAAAUUUUGAAGGAAAUCUUGUUUAAUAAGAAGAAGUUAGAAGAAUUUGAAACAUUAGCUCUUACAGAAGAAAGCAAUGCUAUCUUACAAAAUAAGCUUCCACCUAAGUUGAAAGAUCCUGGAAAAUUUUUCACACCAGUGGAUUUUGUAGGAUUAGAUAUGGAGGAGGAAGUACAUAUUCUUAUUAUCCUUGGUAGACCUUUCCUGGCUACUGUUGGAGCUAUGAUUGAUGUAAAGAAUGGAAGGCUUACAUUAGAAGUUGGGAAAGAAAAAGUUGAGUUUAAUUUGUUUUGA